AUGCUACAAUAUUUAGCUGAGCUGGAUGUCUCAUACACGGGCAUCACAGAGUUGCCAAAUACCAUUAUCAAUCUAAAGAGUUUGAAACUAUUGAAGAUGAACCACAAUCACUUGCAAAAGUUGCCUGAGGCUAUUGGGAUGAUGGAGAAACUUGAGGAAAUUUAUGGAGAGUAUUGCGCGCGGCUAGAGAUGAUUCCCAGUGCUAUUAUGAGACUACCACUCCUGAAGUAUGUGACAUUAAUAGGAACUCGUGUGGAGCAUGUACCAAAGCUUCCACAGAGUUUGAUAAAUGUAUGUUUGUCCUCAACUGCUGCCGCAAAAGAAGUUUCAGAGAUCCUCGACCUGCUUAACCUUUCGAGUUUAAGAAAUCUAACAUUAUGUUUUGCCAAAGGUGACGAUAAAUCCUUUGUCUACUAUAGAUCAGAGCAUCAACCCCAUGUUUUUCACAGCUCAUUGCGUGUGGAACUUCCAAGUAUUACUGACGUAAGCUCAAUUGGGGGUUUGCUUCGUUGUCUAGGAGAACUUGAACUCAUUUGGUGCAAGAACCUACGCCAGAUUCAAGAGCUACCCUCUAAUUUGAGGAAACUCACAAUUAGGAAUUGCAAUCUUCUUGAAGUUGUCGACCUUUCCAACUUGGAGAAUUUAUUGGAUCUAAGUCUAUUCAACAAUCGGAUUUGUGAUAUUCAGGGGCUUGAAGGUUUAGCAUCGUUGCAAUGCUUGGAAGUUUUCAAGUGCAAGUCAAGCAAGUUCAGAGGGCUUGAAAGACUGAAGAAUCUAUGA